CUCUCCUGGGAUCUGAAGCCUCUGUCCUUUUAAGAACUGCUCAGGCGCCCCCGGGCCCUCUUAGUCCCGCCCCUAACACAUCUUAAACCACGCCCCCUGGACAUCACCUGCCCCACCACUUAAACCACGCCCCUUCAGCCUCUCCUAUCCCCGCCCACUAACACACGCCCCGCCCACUCAUGCCGCAGACACGCCCUGCUGGCCAGGUGCGCCCAGCCCCAGGUUCCAGCUGUUCUGCUGGCGGCUCCACCUCCGCUGCCAGCCUUCCCACCAACCUCCCUGCGGCCUCUGUCCCGCCUCGCCGACCACAGUCCUCCAGCCUCAUUGGCCCCUUAUCUCCCCAGUAACCAGACCACAACAGUGAGCUGAGAGCAUCGAGGACAGGGCAGGGACGCGGGCAGCAGCCCCCCUCUUUGGCCAAGAUGCCUUUGGGACACUCUUCUGUGAGCUCCGAGGAUGGAAGUGAAGGCUUCCUGGAUGGCAUGGUAGACUGGGAGCUGAGCCACCUGCUGCGAAAAUGCAAAGUCAUGGAAGGCGAGCGGCGGGCCUACAGCAAGGAGGUGCACCAGCGCAUCAACAAGCAGCUGGAGGAGAUCCAACGCCUGCAGGACCUGCGGGACCAACUGCAGGUGCAGAUCAACAUCGCCCAGGGCCAGGUCAAGCGGCUGAAGGACCACCAGCGGCUGAAGAACAUGGGGCAGCUGCUGCAGUGCCGGACCCAGGUGCAGGCCGAGGUGGAUGAGCUGCAGGAGCAGGCCAAGGCGCUGGACAAGGAGAUACAGAACUGGGAGGCCCAGAUUGCUGCCCAGAGUAAAAACGGCAGUGCCCCAAGCAUCAUCCAGAGCCAGAAAUGCAAGAUCAAGAGGAGGAUCAAGGUCCUAGAGGACCAGCUGGACAGGAUGACCUGCCACUUUGACAUGCAGCUGGUGCGGAACGCCAGCCUGCGGGAAGAGCUGGACCUGCUGCGGGUGGAGCGGAACCGCUAUCUGAACGUGGACCACAAGCUGCAGAAGGAAAUGAGUCUCCUGCGGCACACAGUCAGCACCCUCAUGGGGUCCUCCACCUCCGCCUACUCGGUCAGGGAGGAGGCCAAGACCAAGAUGAGCAUGCUGCGGGAACGGGCGGAGAAGGAGGAGGCGCAGAACCAGACAGAGCUGCAGACGCUGCAGCGGCAGAUCGCACACAUGGACCACCUGCACCGCUUCCUCAAGUUCAAGAACCAUGAGCGGCAGACGGACCCCCAAAUCCUGGAGAAGCGCCAGAAACGCGCCGAGGAGGUGGCCCAGGGUCUGAGGAAGACCUCCCAGGAGAAGCUGGUGUUGCGCUAUGAGGAUGCCUUCCACAAGCUGUCCCAGCUGACUGGGGAGAGCAACCCCGACCUGUUGGUGGACAAAUACUUGGAGAUGGAGGAACGCAACUUCGCGGAGUUCAACUUCAUCAAUGAGCAGAACUCGGACAUGGAGCACCUGCAGGAAGAGAUCAAAGAGAUUCAGGAGGCCCUGAUGAGCGUGCGUGUUGGUGAGGAGACCCAGCACUCACAGCACUCGCAGCAGGAGGCUGAGCUGCAGCAGCGGGUGGACCAGGUGCGCGAGGAGGCCGAGGGCAUCGAGUCACUUUUCCAGGACUUCCGGGAGCAGCUGGAGAGGCUCAAGGCAGACAUCCAGAAGCUCUUCACCAAGGCCCAGUGUGAUAGCACCACCAUCAAGGAUCUCCUGGGGGUGAAGUCCUUCAUGAGAGACCGGGACAUCGGCCUCUUCCUGGGCCUCAUUGAGAAGCGGCUGGUGGAGCUUCUCACGGUGCAGGCCUACCUGGAGGCUCAGAACUUCACCACCACCAGCUUGACCAAUGCAGCCCUCCUGGUGCUGGGCCACAGCCAGGACGAACAGCCCAAGAAGUUGCCCCCGCCACACCUCCCUAACAAUCUGGAUGACCCCCCUGGCUUUGAGGGCAAGGAUGACUACCCUAUGAGCAAGGAGGAGCUGAGGAGCCAAGUGAUCAAGUCGUUGGAGGCCCGGGAGCAGCAGCUGGCCGAGUUGCGGCGGCGGGACAGCAAUACCAGCAUCUCGGGUGCCCCUACCAUCACGGCAGCCUCCCGCCUCUUGUCCCCCCGGAGCCCCAGUACGGUCCCUGGCUCCAUCCUCAGCCACCGGGGCAGGCCAUCCAGCGCCAGCCGCGCUCCGGGCUCCAGCGGGGCGGGCCGCGUCACCUUCGCCUCCACCGGGGACCACGAGGGGCCUUCCUCCAGCCGAGGCUCUACCACGGGCCACAGGCUGAGCAGCCAGGCCAGCGCCCUGGGCUCCAGCGGCUACCUGGAAUCCAGCCAGGGCCUAGGCGCCGAGGAUGGCAGGACCACCGGCUCCGAGUCCAGCGGCGGCCCCGAGUCCAGCAGAGAACAGGUCUCCAGCACUGGCCCGGCCUCCAGCACUGGCGGCGAGUCCACCACCGGUGGGGAGUCCACCAUGGCUGCGGAGUCCACUACCGGCGGGGAGUCUACCACCGGCGGUGAAUCGACCACCGGUGCGGAGUCCACCACGAGCAAGGACUCCCAGAGCUUCGACUAGCCCAGCCCUGCUCCAGGGCCCCUUCUCACCACCCCUACCCCCCCACCCCAGAAGCCUGUCCCCCUGCUUCACAGUUAAAUAAAAAAAUAAAA